AUUGAUAUCUGUAUCAGUAACUACACUUCAAAAUGGUGUCCAAGGUUAUCGUUAUCCUCUCCCUCGCCGUGGCGGCUUACGCCGUGCCCCUUGUUCCCGUCAGCAAGGUGGUGUACGCCGAGCCUGAAGCGCCUGCUCACUACGACUUCUCAUACUCCGUGCACGAUGACCACAGCGGUGACGUGAAGCAGCAGCAGGAGGCCCGUCAAGGCGACGCCGUGCACGGCUCGUACUCUCUCGUGCAGCCCGACGGUGUGCACCGCAUCGUCGAGUACACCGCCGACAAGGAGCACGGAUUCAACGCCAACGUACGCUACGAGGGUACCCCCAUCCACGCUGAACCCGCCAAGAUCGCCUACGCCGCCCCCGUAGCCAAGGUCGCCUACGCUGCUCCCGUAGCCAAAAUCGCAUACGCCGCCCCUGUUGCCAAGGUUGCCUACGCUGCCCCCAUCGCGAAGGUUGCCUACGCCGCCCCCGUUGCUCAUUUCCUGACUUUCUCCGCCCUCGUGGCCGCCGCCACCGCUGUGGCCAUCCCCGUGGUGCCCGUCGCAAAGCUGGCAUAUGCUCAGCCCGCAUACGCUCAGCCCGAAGCACCCGCUCACUACGAAUACACAUACUCCGUCCACGACAACCAAAGCGGAGAUGUGAAACAACAACAGGAGUCUCGCUCUGGCGACGCGGUGCACGGCUCAUACUCUCUCGUGCAGCCUGACGGUGUUCACCGUAUCGUCGACUACACCGCCGAUGAAGAGCACGGAUUCAACGCUGUUGUCCGUUAUGAAGGCACCCCCAUCGCUCAAGCUCCUGCCAAGGUCGCCUACGCUGCUCCCGUCGCCUACGCUCACGCCCCUGUCACCAAGGUCGUAGCCGCAGCUCCCGUCGCUAAGGUCACCUAUGCCGCUCCCGUCGCCAAGCUCGCCUAUGCUGCUCCAGUCGCCAAGAUUGCCUACGCUGCUCCCGUAGCGAAGCUCGCAUACGCUGCCCCCGUAGCCAAAGUCGCCUACUCCGCUGCUCCUGCUCAAGUCACCUACGCUCACGCCCCAGCUCAAGUUACCUACGCCCAGGCCCCCGCUGAGGUCACCUACGCUCAUGCUCACUCUCACGCUCCCGCCCAGGUCACCUACUCCCAGGCUCCCGCUCAAAUCUCUUACCAGCACGCCCCAGUGUACGCUGCAGCUCCCGUCGCCAAGGUUGCGUACGCCGCUGCUCCCGUAGCCAAAGUAGCUUACGCUGAAAACCUUGGUCACGUGACCUUCUCCUCCCCUGCCGUAUCUUACCACCACUAAGUCCUAAGAAACUAAAUGUUGUUACUUAUUUAUUUUGUUAAAUACAAGAUAGUCAAUUGAAUUUGCACGUUUUAUUUUUACCAAGGGUCAGUGGGGAAAGAAUUGUAAGAAGGCGUUAAAGCGGCGGCGUAUCCGAUAUCAAAACGUUCUAAACGAAGUUAUAAGGAAGCGUGCGGGUAGUGUCGGGGAAUCAAUUGAAUUAUGUAGCAUUAUGAUGCGAGUGGGUCCGGUUACGCGGCACGUCUGACUCGC